AUAAGCCAAAUACUCGGAUAUUCUUGUGGUGUUCUGUUGUUAUUCCUGAUAUUAGUGAUUCUCUGUGGAGCAUACGUGAUCUACAGGGCCGGGCUAGUAGGAUCACUUGGAAGGUCAGUGAGUACGCUGCGACUUCGUGUUGUCGACAAGAAACCCCUCAAAUUUCCUGAAGUUGCUCACUCUAUUUGGCAACGAAUCAAUGAAAAGAUGUGGGUGAGGCCAGAGGAAGUUCUGCUGGCAAAUGCUUUGUGGAUCACUGAGCGCGCCAAUCCCUACUUCGUCCUGCAGCGUCGCAAGGGCCAUGGGGGUGGAGGUCUGACAUCACUGUUCAUCGGCACGCUGGACUCGGUGUUAGACUCCAAGGCUCUGCCGUACCGCAUCCUUCAUCAGACCCCCAGCUCGGAAGUUAGCUACACUGUCGCCACCGCCGUCCACAAGAGGGAAAUCUUUGUGCACUGGGAAUGGCUAGAGCAGAACCUCAUGGAGACAUUAGGCACCUUUGAGGCCGAAGAGGACAUCACAGAGUUUGUCAAGUGUAAAAUCGAAAGUCUUGUGGCCGUGAUUGAAACGGCAGAUGAGGGCCCAAAGGAAGUUGAUGAGGAAAGCAAAGCCUUCAAGUCUGCGUGUGAAAAGUGGCACCGGCUCUUCAAAGUGCCAGAGGACGAGAAGCUCGUCAACUACUACUCCUGCAGCUACUGGAAGGGUAAGGUUCCCCGGCAGGGCUGGAUGUAUCUCAGCGUCAACCAUCUCUACUUCUACUCGUUUCUGAUGGGCACAGAGGCAAGACUAUCCAUACGAUGGACAGAUGUCACGCACCUGGAGAAGAGCAACGCUGUCAUCUUCCCAGAGAGCAUCAAGCUGUCGACGCGGGACCAGGACUAUUACUUCUCCAUGUUUGUCCGCCCCAUCGAGACCUUCAGUUUGAUGGAGCAGCUGGCCAACCUGGCCAUGAGGCAGCUGCUGUCGGAGGAGGGCUUCGAACAGGACAAGGACCUCCCACCGAUAACCAAAAUCAGUAAAAAGAAGAAGAAAGUCUCGUCUCUGAAGAGAGAUCUGGAUGCCAGGCUUCGGAGUGAAGCCUACAGGCAGGUGUUCCGUCUUCCAACCUCGGAGAAGCUGGACGGUCACGUCCCCUGCACCCUCUGGACACCCUACAACAAGACCCACGUCAACGGCAUCCUCUACCUGUCACGUAACUACAUGUGCUUUGCCAGCCGACUCAAGAAUCUUGUGUACGUCGUGAUCCCAAUGCGUGAAGUCACGGUCAUCGAAAAGGUGGAGAAUUCAUCGGUGAUCCAGAACGGACUGCACGUGUCGACAAGGUCAAAGAUGACCAUCCUGUUUGCAUCGCUGAAGGACAGAGAUUUCUUGGUCAGCCACAUUGCAGAUUUCCUCUCCAAAACCACUGAAAACACAAGGCAUCGAAGCGACAGCCUGUCGGUCAGUUCCAGCAGCAGCACCAGCUUGAUUGAGAUGCCAGCCAACCACAGGCCUCUGGCACAAAUCAGCAGCAGCCUAGGGAGCCUCGGCAGCACUGGCAGCAAUGCCAGCAUUAAAUCAGACCACAUGUCCUACUACAACACAGUUCUAAGCGAUGAUCUAGUUAAUACUAACAUAACAGAUUCCCCUCUCAGUUUGUCACCCUGUUUGCCAACUAACAAGUACCUCUGUCUGAACCCAGCCAUUGAGAUGUUCCCAGAUGAAGGCAAUGAUCCGUCCGGCAGCAUCGCUGUGCAGCUCCAGCCUGCCCUGCUGACGCUCUUCAACCGGCGUCACUCGGACCAGGUCUCCAUCAAGGAGUCGGUCAAGAUGCACCUGUGGGAUAUCCACUUCAAGGAAUUCGGCAGGGGUGUCUGCAUGUACCGCACCGUCGAGACCCAGGAACUCAUCAUCAAAGGAAUUCCCGAGAGUCUACGUGGAGAAAUAUGGCUGCUGUUCUCUGGUGCCAUCAACGAAAUGGCCACCCAGGCUGGCUACUACCAGUCUUUGGUUGAGCAGAGCCUAGGCAAGGAGAGCAUCGCCACCGACGAGAUCGAGAGAGACCUCCACCGAUCCCUCCCGGAGCAUCCGGCAUUCCAGUCGGAACUGGGCAUCGCUGCGCUUCGCCGGGUCCUGACGGCAUACGCCUACAGGAACCCCAGUAUAGGUUACUGCCAAGCCAUGAAUAUCGUGACCUCCGUGCUCCUACUUUAUGCCAACGAGGAGGAGGCCUUCUGGUUACUAACGGCGAUCUGUGAGAGGCUGUUGCCGGACUACUACAACAUGCGAGUGGUGGGCGCCCUCAUUGACCAAGGUGUGUUUGAAGAUUUGACCAAGGAGUACCUCCCCGAACUCUACAUCAAGAUGGACAAGCUGGGAAUCCUCAGCAUGAUCUCCUUAUCUUGGUUCUUGACCAUCUUCAUCAGUGUCAUGCCAUUUGAGAGCGCCGUUAACAUCAUGGACUGCUUCUUCUACGACGGCGCCCGGUUCAUCUUCCAGAUCGCCCUGGCCGUGCUGGACGCCAACCAAGAUGCCCUGAUGAAGUGUGAGGACGACGGCACUGCCAUGACGGUGCUGACCACGUACCUGGAGAGUGUCCAGAACAAAGAUGCCACGGCGCCCAGCAUGCCCCACACAUCCACACUCACGGCUAUGACCAUCGAGCGAAAGCCGGACAUUGACGUCUCAGACCUCAUCCACACAGCCUACGCCAAGUAUGGCUACAUCCGCACCGACCAGAUCAAGAAGAUGAGGCUCAACCAGCGGCUGCGGGUGGUGCAAGGCCUGGAGGACACGGCCCGCCGCACGGUCGUCCGUAGCUUGGUCGGGGAGGUGCCCUUCAACAUGGAGGAGCUAGAGGACCUCUACACCAUCUUCAAGGAGGAAUAUCUGACCAGCAACAUGCUGUCCGGAGCCCCCGUCCUAGACCAGACCCAGCACUUCCUGGCCACCUUCAAGAUCGACCUGGAGAAGUUUCGCACCCUGUUUCUCACCUUCUCGCCUUGGGCUUGCGGCACCCAAGCUGACCUCCUAGCUCUCAGGGCAUUUAGGCUCCUGGACGAGGACCGUGACAACCUGAUCAACUUCCGGGAGUUUUCUUGGGGCCUGGGUGUCAUGUGCCGGAGCGAGCUUCCCGAGCGGCUGCGGCUGCUGUACCGGCUGCAUCUGCCGCCAGCACUGCUUCCGGAAGACAUGGAGAGCAUCGCCGGGGACUCUCAAACAGAUGAAGCCAGCACGGUCGGCCAGCCGUCACCUGACGAGGACCAGGAUGAAGUGGAACCGGCCGUCGAUGCCGAGGAGUAUUUUGAGAGCUCGAUGAAGACGCCCACUGUCGAGCAGGCUCCGGGAGGACACCCACUCAGCCAGUCCACCAGUGAGAGCCAAGAGAAGUCAGAGCAAACCCCUAAGCACACUCCAGGUCAGUCGCCCUCAGACUCCCCCAAAAAGGCCCCACCAGAAGAGAACAAAAGUGAGGACGAGGAAUCACAAGUUCAUGGGAGGGGAGACGUCUUUGACCCCACAGGGGAUGAGCUUCAGACAGUGUUGUUAGAGGGAGAACAACCACAGGAAAAAGACAGCAUAGAUGCGGAGAGGGAGGGCUAUCGCUACUACCUCAGGAAGUGGGAACGGGAGCAGGAGGAGAAGGAGCGACAGAAGAGCUUCAAGCACUUGCCUCGCAUCAACCAGGAUCAAUUCAUUCAGCUCCUGAAGACCCUGUACGACAUGUUUGUUGACCACCCUAGAGAACAAGAGCUCUACCGAGCCAUCGCCACAGUGGGCUCUCUACUCUUUGAACUCGGUGAGGUCGGCAAGAAGUUCAAGAGGAUUACGCCCACUGGCUCCAAGCCGACUGAAAGCUCCGACGGGGGUGAAAGUUCGGAGGUCACCGGCAGGUCAGAGGUCUCAGAAAUGUUGGUCGCAGCAGGGCCCGUCCCGGGAUUGACCGAGUUGAGAGGUGACAAGAGCUCAGAUAUCAGAGUAGGUGACGCCAUGAUUGACGACGUAAGCAAAGUGGAAGACGGUACCUCAGCUUCAAGUGCUGAGACUGACUUGAGGGUAGAAGGGGACUCGCUCGAGAUGGAAUUAGCUGACGCAAUGCGGGACAUUCACGUGACCCCAGAAGGGGACACAAUGGACGCUACUCAACCAAAAGACCUGCUUCUAAUAUCCAAAGACGGGGGUAUCCCCCACCGGGGAAACGCAGGUGCUGGAGACUCUCCUGGCCAGGUGAAGGCGAGCCCAUGCCGGCCAAAGACCCUGCCGUGCCCGGUGAGUGGGGCUAGCAAGAGCGAGCCGGCCUGGGAGGUCACCUUCGAGCAGCUCUUGGCUUCCAUGCUGACCGAGUCGGCCAUCGUGGAGUUCUUCGAGGAGAGGCCGGACAUACUGAGGCUGGCCGAGGGGUUCAGGCAGGGCCGCUCGCUGCAGCGGCAAACCAGCGACAUCAGCAUGUCGGGCUCAUUUUAACGAUGCAUUAACUAAAGUCAUUCCUACUGUCGGUUUAUUGAAGGUUAUUUCUCUGUGUGUGCAACUUAGUGCAAGAAAUCCUAUUAUUAAGAGCAUGGAAGGCAGAUCGGGCUCAUGGACUCUUGUGCUAUGCCGUCAGUAUUAGAAAUUCAUAACUUUGGUAUCACUGAAGAAAUUGUAGUGGUCUAUUCACAUUGCAUUGAUGCUCGUAUCUCUUUGAAGAGUUCAAGUUGCUUGUUUUGUCGACAGUCGCCUCUAGUGUACUUGCUCUGCUCCAUUUGAUUUCAAUGCACACAUGUAACGUGUUCUUUCUCGGAUUAUGAAGAGGUCAGGCAGAAGUAUCUACAUGUAUAGUUGUUGCACACGGCUCACACCAACCUAUGGGGCUUUCCCAGGGGGCAGUAAAGGCCCCAAAAUGAGCAAAACUUUUGCUCUUUUAAAUCAAGGAGAAAGUGAUGCACUUUUACAUCUAUGUCACUUCACCUACUGCCAAACGUGUGUAUAAGGCCUUUAAAUUAAGCCUGGUCCUUCAGAACCGCCUUGAAAGGUUACACAAAGAAAUGUUCAACUUUCGUAGGUCAUCACCAAUCCCCUACGAAACAGUUUUGCCCACCCCCACAAAAAUUUGUUUUAGAUCUGCCCUUGAUACCGAGUAGACGGUCUGAUUAAUCAGUGACAGAAGAGAAUGCUAACCAGGAUGAAGUAAAUGUCUCGAGUCUAGCAGUCAAAUAAGCUUUGCCCACAGGCCCAUGAAAACUGACCGCCGUUUUUAGUUGUCCCUGCUCCGUCACAUUGUGUGCUCAGCAUCUCCCCUCCCCCCCCGCCAUAUUUUUGAGGCUGUGAGCAUCCACUGUGCUGUUUUGUUUUUCCCACCGCAUCUCUCGAGGCCGAGGGAGGGGAGCAGUACAUUCCUCGCCACGGGUCAGUUCUUCCCCUGCAAGCGGAAUUUACUCAACACUGUUUCCUCUGUUCACUGGCAGAAGGGCAUGUUAACCCUGACCCCUUGACCCGUGUAGCUUGGAUGCAUCAUCGGUCCUUCAAAAUCUUUCAACUGCCCCUUUGGACAAAAAUAGAUACAGCUUCAAUAUUCCAUUAUGUUGUGCGUUUGUUUGUGGAAGGGGUGCCCACUGCCUCAGUCAAAAUCCUCCAGCCAUUCCUGUCUUCAUGUUGAGGCAGUGUGAGUGCAGAUGAUUUCAAAUAUAAUCCAGGAGCUAAUGUAUGCAUGACUGAGCAUAAACAACACAAGGCUCUAAUCCAAGACCUUACUGGAGUGCAUCCUUUGCAGUCAGCCACACUUCCUGCCAUUACAGUGUCACUCCUCCGAAACCCUCCAAAAUCGCCCAGAGGCUUUUGGAAGACGAGGAAGAUAAUGCAUAAGGAGGUUGAGUAAAGACAAUCCAAGUUAUGCUGGGGGAAAAGUGGCUGUACGCCCCAAUGCUGGGUAGAUAAUGAUCUGUUCCCAGUUCCUCGCAGCUGCCAAGCAAAUUAAGGAAAAGAAGAAAA